GACUCUCAUUUAACCUUUAAUUGAAAAUUCCUCUCUAUUAUUUCUUGUCGUUUUCCUUGUAGAACAUUUUGCAGAAAUCAUUUUUAGUGGCUUAAUUACAGAAUAUUAUAUACAUAUAGGAUGGGUUACUAUGUUUUCUCAGAGAGGCGAUGGGUGUGGGUGUGGGUUUAUGUUGUGUGUUGCGGGUUUGGUUCUACUGCUGUUGAGAAGCGUGUUAUUUUGAUAGAUGAGAUGCUUGCAAUUUCGUCAACAGAUGAAGAUUUCAUAUGUGCCACAUUAGAUUGGUGGCCUCCUCAAAAGUGUGAUUUUGGCAAAUGUAGCUGGGGAUCUGCUUCUUUGCUUAAUUUGGAUCUCAAUAACAAAAUCUUCUUAAACGCGGUUAAAGCGUUUUCACCGUUGAAGAUCAGAUUGGGCGGCACUUUGCAAGACAAAGUCUAUUAUCAGACUAUUCCACAGAGUAAAUGCGGACAUUUCAAAAAAAAAGAUUCGGAGAUGUUUAGUUUCACUGAAGGAUGCCUUCCGUUGGAUAGAUGGGAUGAGCUAAAUAAGUUUUUCGCUAAAUCUGGUGCUCUCGUUAUCUUCGGGUUGAAUGCUCUUCGUGGAAAAAUAAUAAACAACAAUGAGGCAACCGGCCCAUGGCGUUACCUGAAUGCUAAAUCUCUUAUACAAUACACAGUUGAUAAGGGUUACUAUAUCUAUGGUUGGGAACUUGGUACGUAUCAACAUUCUCCAAUUUUUUUGCAUCAUCCUGUUUGCACAAUAUUUCACCUUUAGAGAAAGGGGUGGUGUGAUUUGAUGAUCUCUUUCAUUGAGAAGUUUUUCAUUCAUUACAGAAAAAUGGUCUGGAAUUUUUUUUUUUGCGAGAAACAAAAAGAAAUGCAAAAAUGUGAUAAGAGUUUUUAAAAGGGAAAUAUCAUUGUUUAAACUGACGUAAUUUAAUUUUUGUAUAAUUU